AUGUUGAUGUUCUGUCCUACGUGCGGCAACUUACUGCUGGUAGAGGAAGGUACCGACGCGCUACGAUUUUCCUGCAAUACAUGUCCGUACAUUUGUAAAAUCAAGCAACGCAUUUCUAGCCGUAUCUAUCCUAAACUUAAAGAAGUAGACCAUGUGAUGGGCGGUUCAGCUGCAUGGGAAAACGUAGAUUCGACCGAUGCAGUGUGCCCUUCUUGCUCUAAUGAUCGAGCAUACUUCAUGCAAAUGCAGACUCGUUCGGCUGAUGAGCCGAUGACGACGUUUUAUAAGUGCUGUAAUCAAACGUGUGGCCACAAUUGGCGCGAUUAA